AUGGUAAGAUGAUAUUCAGAAAAAAAGACAAACUAAUCAUUUCAGAGUCAACCUGCGUGGUUGGCCAGACCGGUUUACGGAUUUGCCGCCCCCCUGAUUAUCUUAGUGACUUUAGUAACGAACACACUUGUUGUCGUGGUUUUGUCUCAUAAAAACCUCCGAACUCCUACAAAUCAUAUCCUUUUGGCGAUGGCUAUAACAGAGUUAAUGACCGGUGAGACUUCAAGUUUUGAACUUCCUCGUUUUUUCAGAAGAAUACCUGUUUUUGAGCCAUAGUGGUAUUCAUAACUAUGGAAUUAGUUCAAUUCAGGCCUAAGUUCAUUCAAAACAUUUUUUACAGGGUUAUCUUCAUGUCCGUGGUUUUUGUACUACUACACUUUCGGUGGCAUGUAUGACGAUGAGAAACAGGGGUUAUCCGAUUUUUGGUGCAAGGUUCAUCCGUAUUUCGCCGUGCAUUUACCAACUAUGUGAGUUUGCCUUUUUCCAGAGGUAUUAUUUUUAAUUCAACAUCAAAUUGGAGAUUUCAUACUGCCGCCAUUUGGUUGACAGUGUACCUAGCUAUUCAAAGAUACAUUUAUGUCUGUAUGCCUUCACUGGUAGUAAGGUGUGUUAUUUUCAUCUAUUUUAACAAUUUCCCUUGAAUUAUGAAAAGAGGAUUUUUUUAGCGUUUGUUGUCCCAAGAGAACUCUUCGUAUAAUCUUUUACGUUUGUAUCGCGGCAUUCAUAAGGUAAGUUUUUUUUUUACAAAUUCCCAACGUCUUUUUGUCGCUCGGGCGUUGGAGAGCAUUUCUGAUCUCUGAUCUAUCUUUUUUCACAACUUUCGUCCAAGACAAGUUUCUGUGUUGGAAAUUGUAGGCUUGGUCAAAAUUUUUGUGGUUGAUAGUUUUUGGACGAAUUUCUUGAGAACGAAACAACUGAUUUCAAGAAAAAUCGUCAGAACAUACAGAAAUAGCUCUGAGUGGCGUUUCGAUUUUUUGAUCAAUUUCACUAGAAUAGUUUCCGAGAAUCGAACUUUGAAAAAAAAAUGUUUAUGCUUAUUUGCACGUUUUUGAUUGAAUUAUUCCCCGGUAUCUCGGGACCCCAAAUGGGAUGGAUUUUUGUGAUGAUUUUUUCGUAUGAUAACCAAUAACCACAUUAGUUUGGUUUGAUCUGCAAUAUUAACCUUAGACUUUUUCCUAGUUAGUUUUUUAGUUCACUUCUUCUCCCUCUUUCAUUUUUUAAAAAAAGGUGUAGUUUGAAACUAGUUGAAUAUAAACUCAGCAAAUGGCAAAAAAAAAAUCAAUUUCAGUGAAGCACCUGUUGCUUUGACAGAAUAUAGUGUGAGCAUCCAACAGGCCGACAACAGAACAGCGUGUUAUCGAAAGGACGUGGAGCUCAUUGAUAGAGUAUGCGAGCUUUUUUUUCGAACAAACUUCCUGAAACUUGAGGUUUUUGGCGUGGAUCAAUGGAAGGCAGCGGUUCUUUGUUUACGUGCAGUUUUCGUGCACAUUUUGCCGUGCAUUUUGCUCAUUAUUUUCACUGCGGGGUUAUUCAAAACAGUCAGUGAAGCUGACAGAAAAAGAAGUUCGCAUCAGAUGAAUACGGGAAAGGUUUGAAGAUGCUGAGUCAAAGGUAAUUUUUUCUUUUUCAAGAGGACCAAAAACGGAUGUUUAACAACGAAUCGAUUGAUGCACGCUACAACCAAAAUGCUCGUUGUCGUGAUUGCAAUAUUUUUGAUUAUUGAAAUCCCUGUGGCUUUUGUUUUCAUUCUUCAUCUCAUGGGCGUUUUUUAUCGAUUACUCGAUCUAACUGAUUAUAAAACAGUCAACAAUCUUCUCAUAAUCAGGUGCGCUUGACUCUAAAAAAAAGUUUGGGAAAGGGCAAUUUUUCAUUUUGAAUAACAGGAACUUCUUGAUAAUCCUAACUUACCCGUUGAACUUUGCAAUAUAUUUUGGGAUGAGCUCUUCCUUUAAACUACAGGUUUCUAACUUUUUCAAUAUUGAAACAACUUUUUUUUUCCAGUUCCGACAACUUUUCUCCAAGCAAAUAUUGUACAUUGCGUCACCAAAUCUUGACGAAUGCUCUCCCGGAAGACCUCGUUUUUCAAUUCAACUCGUUGACAUCAAUAAACUGAGGAGGACAAGCAGAAUGUUAAGAAAGGUUUCUUCUCCAAUGUCUAUACAAAAUAGUUUUUUUCAAACCGCCUGUAUAGGCCUUCGAUGGGAAAACCUUAUAUUUUUCAAACUGAAUAGGAUGAAAAUUGCAUUAACCAUGGAAACGAAAGAAUAAUAGUCAAAAUUGGUGAAAUAUUUUCCACAAUUAACGUUGAUUCAUGUUUGAAAAAAUGCUUUCCAGCCGUCUGAAGGUGUUACUCGACCUUCACUUUCACCGAUGGAACCGCAAGCGGAUUUAGGCUGA